AGUAGGAGGAGGGAAGGAGCUGUUGCAAGGAUCAAGGCUCAUAUUACUACUACUAAUAUCCCAUAUGUUUUGGCCGCGAAACUUUGAGCCUCGAGUUCCCACAACUGCUGUCGUCAGGCCAUUUGGAGAUUGUUAUUGUCUUCGCAUAUUAAAUUGGGGACACCCUAUCGUCAAGGUUAUGAAAAUUUCUGGAGAUUUUUGCAAGAAAUUUAGGACUGAGGAAAAAGGUGACAUACAUGGGUUUAUGUUACCAGAUAUUAUUGUCAAGUUUAAUGUUUAGGUCAAGUUUAUUGUCCUGGUAUAUGAAGUGUUAAGUCUGCUUUUGUUAUGUAGCACAUCGACACCAAUGGAACUACACUUUCCAUGAUUAGAAAAACUGAAGUGAAUUUAGAAAAAGAUACUACUGCUCACAUGAGAAAGAAGCCAUUUGUGUGUAAAAUAUUGGAAACCAGUUUUAUUGGCAACAACCUCAGAACUUUAAUGUCAGUUCACGCUGGAGGGUGGUAGUUCAGAUUCCGUGAAAGUGGUAAAGCAUUUUCCCAGAAACAAAUUCUCUUGAAGUAUAUCAAAACUCACCAUGAAAAGAAGUACUAGGAGUGGGAAAACUUUUUCUCAAAAAACUCAUCCUAACAGUCAUAUGAGGGCUCACAUUGUGGGGAAUCCAUUCAAGUGUAAAUACUGUGGUAAAGAAUUUGUUCAGAAAACUCAUCUUGAAAGUCAUAUGAGGAAUCACAUUAGAAAGAAACCGUUUAAAUGUAAUGACUGUGGGAAACUAUUUUCUCAUAAAGGUGAUCUUAUCAAACAUGAGAGGAUUCACACUGGAGAGAAACCAUUUAAAUGUAAUGAUUGUGGGAAAGCAUUUUGUAGGAAAAGUCAAAUUAACAUUCAUAUGAGGGUUCACACUGGAGAGAAGCCAUUUAAAUGUAAUGAUUGUGGGAAAGCAUUUUCUCUGAAAGGUCAUCUUAAAUCUCAUAUUAUGAGGGUUCACACUGGAGACAAGCCAUUUAAAUGUGAUGACUGUGGGAAAGCAUUUUCUCUGAAAGGUGAUCUUAAAAUACAUAUGAGGGUUCACACUGGAGAGAAGCCAUUCAAAUGUAAUGACUGUGGGAAAGCAUUUUCUCAGAAAGGUCAUCUUAACAUUCAUAUAAGGGUUCACACUGGAGAGAAGCCCUUUAAAUGUGAUGACUGUGGGAAAGCAUUUUCUCUGAAAGGUGAUCUUAAUAAACAUAUGAGGAUUCACACUGGAGAGAAGCCAUUCAAAUGUAAUGACUGUGGGAAAGCAUAUUCUUGGAAAGUUAAUCUUAACAUUCAUAUAAUAAGGGUUCACACUGGAGAGAAGCCCUUUAAAUGUAAUGACUGUGGGAAAGCAUUUUCUCUGAAAGGUGAUCUUAAAUAUCAUAUGAGGGUUCACACUGGAGAGAAGCCAUUCAAAUGUAAUGACUGUGGGAAAGCAUUUUCUAGGAAAGAUCGUCUUAACAUUCAUAUGAGGUUUCACACUGGAGAAAAGCCAUUUAAAUGUAAUGACUGUGGGGAAGCAUUUUCUCUGAAAGGUCAUCUUAAAUAUCAUAUGAGGGUUCACACUGGAGAAAAGCCAUUUAAAUGUAAUGACUGUGGGAAAGCAUUUUAUAGGAAAUAUCAUCUUAACAUUCAUAUGAGGUUUCACACUGGAGAAAAGCCAUUUAAAUGUAAUGACUGUGGGAAAGCAUUUUCUGUGAUAGGUGAUCUUAAAUAUCAUAUGAGGUUUCACACUGGAGAAAAGCCAUUUAAAUGUAAUGACUGUGGGAAAGCAUUUUCUCAUAAAGGUAAUCUUAACCUUCAUAUGAGGAUUCACACUGGAGAGAAGCCAUUUAAAUGUAAUGAUUGUGGGAAAGCAUUUUCUAGGAAAAGUCAAAUUAACAUUCAUGUGAGGGUUCACACUGGAGAGAAGCCAUUUAAAUGUAAUGACUGUGGGAAAGCAUUUUCUAGGAAAGAUCAUCUUAAAAAUCAUAUGAGGGUUCACACUUAAGAGAAGCCAUUUAAAUGUAAUGAUUGUGGGAAAGCUUUUUCUCUAAGAGAUAACCUUAGACCCCAGGUGGGGCCUAUUGCACCCCUGAUACAAAUUGAAAAUUAAGAAAAACAUAAGCCAGAGAGAUACAGUCACAGAGACGAGAAACUUAGAAUGGGAAAGUGGAAUGACCAUGGAAGGUCAGGAGGAUUUCAUGAAGAACAGGUAAAAGGUUGCAUAGACAAAGAAGAAUCACUUAGAUGGAUAAGAAAUGGAGAUCUAGGUUAUAAUGGAGAAAUGCUAGUAAUAUGGCUUCAAGAAAAUGGCAGGUAUAUCAGGAAGUGACCAGUGUAGGUUUUGUCAUGCAGCGGUUGGAGUGUUGGUCAUCUGAUAUCAGCCUGCCAGACCCUUCUUGCAGAUGGUCACUACACAGCCCACCACAGCAAGAUCUGGAAAUAUAUUCAUUGGAAAAUAUGUAAAGAAUACAGAAUUGAAGUAAAAGAAAAAGUGUGGAAGUAUGAACCAGAUUCAGUCACCUCCAAUAGGACUGUUACCAUCUUUUAUGACAAGGAAAUUCCAACAGGAAGAUAUGUUGUAGGAGGUGCUAUAAAGCCUGAUAUUGUGAUCUGGCACAAGGAAGAAAAAAACAGAAAAGAUUAUAGAUGUGAAAGUACCCAGUGACUUUGGCCUCCAUAGAGCUGAAAGUCACAAAAUAACAAAAUACAGUGGUACCUUGAGAUACGAAAUUAAUCCGUUACGAGGCAGCCUUCGUAUCAUGAGCUUUUCGUAUCUUGGACCGCAUUUUACCUGUAAAAUGGCUAAUCCGUUCCAAACCCUCCAAAAACACCACAGUAAAUUUCAUAAUAAAGCUAAAUUGACCUAUAAACAAUGAAAUACUACAACAAUUUGGACCAUUCAAUACCUAACUUAAUACGUACUGCUAAUAUACCUGUAAAUAAAGUGUAUUAGUGUACAGGGUAUACAAGAAAUACUGUACGUACAUACGUACGUAUGUAGUAAAAUGUGGAAGCUUACCUUUCGAGUGAGGCUAUCUCCGAAAGUGGCGACAGAGGAGGAGGACAAACUGCAGAUACUUACGUACACUUAACUUUACGAAACACACAAAAAAUGUAAGGAAAACAAACUAAACUUUACGAAACACAUUAACAAAAUUGUAACACUCAACUUUACAAAAAACUAAAUAAAUACAAUUUCAACUUCUUUACCACUUUCAUCUUUCUGUUUUUUAGUAUCACUUGGUUCUUCCUUUUUGCUUACUACUCCUACUAAAGGCCUCUAAAAAAUAACUAUCCAAUGAUGAUUGCUUCUGCCUACUUUCCACAAUGUUCCUGAAACGACUCAGACAAACGUCAUCGAACUGUGCAAGCAUACGACCUGUGUAAGCCUUUUCGGGGUGUCUCUUUUUCUACGAAUGAUUGCACCCUAUGAAAAGCAGCUAGAGCAUCCUUAAUUUCUGCCGUUGUCAUAGAGUCCUCGUCCUCCUCCUCGCCGCUGCUAGAGAACUCCUCUUGAACGACUUUAUGUUGCAUGGCCUCCAACUCCUUCAGGUCAUCCGUCAUAAGCUCCUCUUGGUGCUCGUCACGAAGGUCAUUGAUGUCCUCGUCAAUGACCAGCCCCAUGGACUUGCCGAGUGCAACGAUCUCGUCAAGAUCUGGUUGCGAAACAGUUUCAGGAUCGUCAACUGUUUCUGAAUCUGCAGCACCAGCUUUGCCCAAGUCGAAUCCCUCGAAGUCUCGGGCGGAUACAGCAUCAGGCCAGAGUUUCCUCCUCGAGGAAUUCAAGGUUCGCCUCGAAACCUCCUGCCAAGUUUGGUCGAUGAGUUGGAUGCAUAUUACGAUAUCGAAAUGCUCCUUCCAAAAUUUACGCAAGGUGAGGUUUGUGGUAUCGGUGAUGUCGAAACAUGUCUUGAAAAGAUGUUUUGUAUACAGCUUCUUGAAUUUCGAUAUCACUUGCUGGUCCAUGGGCUGGAGGAGAGGGGUGGUGUUAGGUGGAAGAUAAAAAACCUUGAUGAAGGAAUAAUCUGCUAGGAUAUCUUCCUCGAGGCCAGGAGGGUGAGCAGGGGCAUUGUCCAACACCAGCAGGCAUUUCAGAGGGAGGCGCUUCUCUUCCAAGAAUUUCUUCACUGUUGGGCCGAAACACAGAUUUACCCACUCAGUGAACAAAAGCCUCGUUACCCAGGCUUUCGCAUCAGCCCUCCACAUCACUGGAAGCUUCUUCUUAAGCAUUUUGUGGGCCUUGAAGGCUCGAAGAGUCUUGGAAUGAUAGACAAGUAGGGGCUUCACCUUGCAAUCCCCACUGGCGUUCGAACAAAGUGCGAGCGUUAGCCGGUCUUUCAUAGGUUUAUGCCUGGGUAGCUUCUUCUCUUCCUGCGUGAUGCACGUCCGACGAGGCAUUUUUUUCCAAAAAAGGCCAGUCUCAUCACAGUUAAAGACUUGCUGAGAACUUUUGCAUCAGCCCUCCACAUCACUGGAAGCUUCUUCUUAAGCAUUUUGUGGGCCUUGAAGGCUCGAAGAGUCUUGGAAUGAUAGACAAGUAGGGGCUUCACCUUGCAAUCCCCACUGGCGUUCGAACAAAGUGCGAGCGUUAGCCGGUCUUUCAUAGGCUUAUGCCUGGGUAGCUUCUUCUCUUCCUGCGUGAUGUACGUCCGACGAGGCAUUUUUUUCCAAAAAAGGCCAGUCUCAUCACAGUUAAAGACUUGCUGAGAACUGUAGCCUUCCUUGAUCAUCAUCUCGUCGAACGUCUUUUUAAAGGCUUCGGCCGCUGUCCUGUCCGAGCUGGCCGCACCACCGAAUGGAUGCCAGUCCGUUUACAGAAUUUCUCAAACCACCCAUGCAAAGCCUUGAAGUCUGGGGUUGGCGUUGAUGUCCCUUCUCUGUCGUCUUCGGCCUGGGCAAUUAAAUCGCCGAAAAUAGCGCUGGCCUUUUGGCAGAUUGCAGUCUCCAGCGAUUUCUUUGUCUUUUAUCCAGACAAGAUGAAGCCUUUCCAUUUCAUGGUGCACGUAGGUCCUCUUUCUGGACAAAAUAGUGACGCCCUUGGAAGGUGUAGCUGCUUUGAUGGCAUCCUUCUGCUUAAGGAUGGUGCCUAUUGUCGACAGAAUUCGACCGUAUUCCUUGGCGAUCACACUCAAUUGCAUGCCAGCUUUAUACUUUCAUGAUAAUCUCCAUCUUCGUCUCCUAAGAGAGCAUCCUCUUCUUUCCAUGAAUUUCAACUUCUUGGGACCCAUGACUACGUAUAUACUGUACGUAAUUAUGUUAGUAUGUACUAUGUAUACGUAUGUAGUAAAGUUCUCACACAACAGGAUAAAGUAUACUACAAUGAAAUCACUAACGAAUUUACGUUAAUAAACGAAAUCGUUAGAACAAACGACUACCGCGUGCGUACGAUACAGAUGAUGCCGUGCAGUUGCUGAAGAAGCACGCCGCUACGUAGAUGCAUCAUGGGAGGGAUGCUGACCAAUAGGAGAGAAGGAUCUCAUGGCGGCGACUAGCAUCAGGAACCAAUGGGAGAGCGGGAGGAUGGUGGCGAGUCUACUCAGUCGGCGGCGCGCAAGUUUCAAAAUUGUUAUUGGUGGUCCGGGCGAAUCUCGGACUUUACAGUAACCACCUUUCGUAUCUUGAACAAUUUUCGUAUGUAGAGCCGUAAAAUUUUUCAUAUUUGCUUUCGUAUCUCGAGUUUUUCGUAAGUUGAGCCUUUCGUAUCUCGAGGUACCACUGUACCAAGACCUAAAGAAUGACCUGAAAAGUACAUGGAAACUGAAGGAAAUAGGAAUAAUACCUGUGGUGGUAGGGUCAACAGGACUUGUAAAGAAAAACCGGAGAAAAUAUCUUCAGGCAAUACUAAGUUGCCCAAUUAUAAAUGAGGUGCAUAUUGCUGCCCUCCCAGGAACAGUAAAGAUCUUGAAAAGAGCCCUCAGAUAUAAGACUAAUGGAAUAUAGAGGUGCAACCAUAGACCCCAGUCGAGGGCCCAUUGCACCCCUGAUAAAAAUUGAAAAUUAAGAAUAACAUAAGACAGAGAGAAGUCUUAUAAAUGUAAUGACUGUGGGAAAAAAUGUUCUCCUUGGGAACAACCUCGCUCUCUUGGUUAACCUCAUCUAUGUGUGGGAUCUCGUCCGAGUAUUGCAACCUCGCAUGUUUCAUUAUUUCUCAUCUGUGUGUGUGACCUCGUCAGAGUGUUGCAACCUCGCUUGAUUGAGAAGAUCAUUUCAUCUUUGUUAGCCCUGUUGUGGUUGCGUUGCAUUUGUUUAAGAUGACUUAUUUCUUGUUUUGGGCUAAGGGAUGUAUUGAGACAAAGAUAUCACAAUAUUAGAAAGUGUCUUAUUGCCUCUUAUGUAGUGCGUAUAAUUGUGCAAUGUAGUAUAUCUUUUGUUUUGAUAGUAUUUUCCAGGAGUAAUGUGUUUAAGCUUGCCUCACUAAUGCUUUUGCUAAAAUAGUUAAUAUUUUGGAUGUGUGGUUGGUUUAAUUUUGCUUUAUCUGUAAUUGCCGAUUUAAUUUUUGAGGUCAUAUGAUUUGUACUGGCUCUGUUUACUGUAAUUUACUGACUGUUUAAUGUAGUAAUUGAAGUCAUUUGAUUCAAGUAUUUGUACUGACUCGCUAAUACUUGUGCUGUUAAUGGUCAUUUUUGAUGUUUAUUUAUUGAUUUUUGCCAUUUACAUAUUGACUAUAUUUUUGGCUCUUGACUGUUAUGUUUCUUGUGUAUUUAUAUUACUAAAUUUUUAUGAAUUUACUGAUUGUUAAAAUAAGUAUAAUGUUUAGUGUAACUAUGAUCUUUAGUUAACUUUUGAUCAUUUAUUUUACCGACUCAUUUUAUUUUGAUUUUGGUCAUUGUUUCAUGACCAUUUAUGUAAUGACUUUAUGACGUUAUUUUAUAACUUUUUCAUGCCCAUCUACUUAUGAACCGGACGCAUUUGUA